CUACGACAAGCUCUCUUCACACAUAUAUCUCCCAAAGGACUUACAACGGUAAUACCAGGAAGUCUUCAAAGGCAAAAACACACCUGCUCUUCCAAUACCAUAUCUCUUAUUCUCAUUUAUUGACGGAUGCGCCAAGCUAUCACAUUGUUCGCCUGAGAAUCUCAUACACGGCUAACUAAGCACCAUGACCAAGGUCACAUUCUCAAACGCGGUGCCUGGUGACUCGAAUGAGGAUGCUGUGUCGUUGGACAAAACAGAAUCAAAUCCCGAACAAGCAGUCGCAGUUAGCGAAGACCACCCAAAGUCUAAAUCUGAACCCUUCAUCAGCAUUGAAGACGGCGUUCACACAAUUCAUGGUGUCGACUGUAUUUGGCACAACAUGUAUGCUGAAUCGACAUUCACCACCUUCCGCUGGAUUUCUCCCUAUGAUGACAUUGACUCGAUGUUGAUCAAGGUGGCUCGCAAUGUGGAACAGGGACUGUACUCCAUAAUUAGCAUGAGUGCAUCUAAGCAUUCACUUACAGUAGUUUGCGCUUGUGAGAAGAACUGGGAGGGUUUGCCAGUGGGCUGGUACUGCCGUUAAGUCGUUACCUUGAUGUAAUAAAAAGACUUGGUAUCAGAG